CCGAUUAUUACAAAGUAUUAUUCUAUAUUUAGUUAUAAUAUUUUAAUUUUCAGAAUAUGACUAACUUAAAUUUUGACAUGAGCUGUAAAUAUGAAGUACUUGCUGAAAUAUCGUUUCAUGCUGAUACUUCAAAAGAUCAAUAUGUCAAAUUAUUAUGCAGUCGCCUUUUGGCCCGAUGUUAUCUUAAUAAAUUAGAUACAAGAUGCACUGAGCAGUUAGUAUCUAAUAAAGAAGAUGAAUGUUCAAUUGUUCAAAAGCAGUUUACAAACUUAAGUACCAAUGAAUCACAAGAACAACAACAUGCUGAAUGGUAUGCUUAUUGGGAAAAGAAUGGGGAACAGUUUGUAAAUGAAACUUGGAUAAAACUGUAUGAAAAUUAUGCACCAGAUGAUCUUCCAGCAGACAUUGAAAAUGUAUAUAAAAAACAUACAGAACAACAGUAUCAAAUAUUAUAUUGGAAGUUUAUAAAUGAGAUGUAUCCUACUGUUUCAGAAACUACUUCAGAAAAUUCUGAGAAUGAUGAGUGUAGUUUAAAUCAUAGCAAAGAACUUAUUACUGAUGAUUGUGUUUCAAAUUUUGAUUUCCUUUACAAGUAUAAAAAUUUUCAGCGAAAUAACAGUAAACUUUCCAAAGCUUAUAGGGCUAUAAGUAUAAUGGGAUAUAUUUAUAAUGAUCAAGAUAUGUUUGAUACGGGAUUUGUUCAAUAUCUUAAAAAAAACAUUAUUAAAUCAACUCGUCAUCUAAAUGUGUACAGAUUUCCAAAGACAUCUGCAACGCCAAUAUUUGAUGAUAAUUUAUUAAGUAAUUCUAAGGAUUGUGUUAAGAAUAAAGUCAAAAAUAAAAAAGUAUUGAAAAAAGAAGAAUGGAAAGAUCUAAAAGAAAAAUAUGCUAUUGAAGAAAUGGAUAGACUGGGCUAUAGUUAUUUGCAAAAUAAACCUAAAUUAUUGAAGUUUUGGAAAAAAAGAUAUAUGCUGUUUUCUAAAUUUGAAAAAGGGAUAAAACUAGAUGAAGAGAGUUGGUAUUCUGUCACUCCUGAAAUAAUUAGUACUCAUAUAGCUGAACGUUGUAGUUGCUAUUUAAUUGUUGAUCCAUUUUGUGGAGCUGGUAGUAACAUUAUUCAAUUUGCUAAGACUUGUGAACUUGUUAUAGCUAUUGAUAUUGAUCCAAAAAAGAUUGAAAUAGCCCGUCACAAUGCAGAAUUAUAUGGUGUUGCGGAUCGAAUUCAAUUUAUCAUUGGUGAUUUCUUUGCUUUAGCGCCAACUCUUAAAGCUGAUGUUGUGUUUUUGUCCCCACCUUGGGGUGGACCUGAUCUCAUGAACCUCGAAGAGUACAAAUUAAGUUACAUAAUGCCCGAGAAAGGUGGCGUAAAACACAUGAUGAGUUUGACUCGAAAAAUCUCAUCAAAUAUUGCACUACAUUUACCAAAGAAUACUAACAUUUUCGAUUGUAUUCAAUCUGCAGAAGACGGUUUUAUUGAGGUACAACAAAAUAUGCUUAAUUCAAGGUACAACUCUUUAACAGUUUACUAUAGUGAACUGUAUGGACUCUGUGAUGAAGAUACUGUCACAUAUAAUGAUAGUUAAAUUAUAGAAUAGUGUUUUUUAACCUUUUUUGAUUCAGCACCUCUUCACUAAGAUAACUGAAAACUUAUGCCCCCCCCCCUUUAAAACAAAAAUUCUCAUACCUUCAUGGACCAGUAUUUUUAAUUAAAAUAAAAAGUUUUAAUAUUAGUAAAUAAAUGUUUUAUUUGACUCUAAUAAUUAGAAUCUAAUUUAGACUUUUCUAUACAAAAAAGAAUAUUUCGUAACAUGCCUUUUUUAUUUUUUCCAUUAUUCCGCAUUUGAGAGCUCACAGCUUCUCCAACAUCCCCUUUAAACCUACCAUCCCCAUCACCAGGGCCUAAAAUUAAAGUAUUUUGCUACUGCACAUCUAAUUCCAUAUUCCAAAAUAUUUUUAAAUAACAAACAUAGACUUAGUAGUACACAUGCCAUAUAUAACUUUGUAUCGUAAUUGUUUUAGGUAUUUAUUAAUAAUUAGUUAUAAUAAAUACAAUAUAAGACAAUCUUCUAUAAAAAUCCUUGAUACCUAUAUAAAUAAAAAUUUUAAAAUUAAAAACAAAAUAACUUUACUUAAAGUACAAAAAGUAAUGCACACUUUUAAAUUUGCUACUGCACAUAGUAAAUUUUAACUUCUAAAAGUA